AUGGUCACUAAUAGCGUAUACAUAGUUGUGUGUGUUUACCCCAACUGUUGUAUGAGAAAUGGUGAUAAUGGAGUGAUAUUUGAGUGUGAAAAUUUGAUUCUGUUACGCACUCAGCAUGUCAAUUCGUUGUCCAAGUUGAAGAGUUUGAUUUUGAGCAACGCUGAUGGCACAGAAACGAGGGAAGUUGGAAGGGUGGGGCAUAGGGUACUUGCAUCAUUGGGUAAUGGAGUUUUCCGAUUUCAACUAUUUCGACUUUUAGGGGACAAACAUGUGCAACUCAUGUUCGACAUCCAUGGAAGAAUCAUGGCGGAGCAAGUGAUGAAAUUUUCUGCCGAUGUUGGAGAUAUCGGUGGUGGUGGUUCUAUACACUCGACCUAUGUACAGGACGACCGACCUCUCGCACCACCACCCAUUCAUGUCGCCAUUCCAGUGGCGGACAUGGAGUUGGAUGAGGAAGACUCUGAUGAAGAGUACAUUGCUGAAAGUGGAGACAGUGAUUCUUCUGAGGCGGGUGAUGACAAGGAGUUUGUUCUGGAGACGCCCGCUAAGGCAGCUGUGCGCUAUGUUUUGUCUCCCCCUCACCUAAUUCCAGCGCUAUCAGAUGUACCAAGUCACUAUCAUACGUUGGAUCUGGACGCCAUGCAUGAGAGAAUUCUGUUUUCCAACAUGGGAGAGGAGGAUUACAACCUAGACGGUGUGAUAGAAUUUCGAGUCGGCCACAAAUUCAAAUGCCGAGAUGCAGUGAUGCAGGGUGUGAAGAACUACAGUAUUUUUCAGAGUGCAAAGUACUGGGUAAUCAAAUCGGACAGAUUAAAGUACAAUGUGCAAUGCCGUCAAGCUGCAAAUGGCUGUCCAUGGAACCUCCGUAUUGCCCUUCGACAGAACCUCGGAUACUGGUGA